CUUGUAACAAAGUAGAUCCACAGCACCCGAAGAAGAGCAUUGAAGGAAAUACAGUAUUGUGUUGAGUAUUGCGUCAAACGAGGGGAGAGAUCAUGGAUGAAGAACCAGAAAGAGCCAAACGUUGGGAAGGAGGCUAUGAAAGGACAUGGGAAGUGUUGAAAGAGGAUGAAUUUGGGUCACUCAAAGCUACUGUGGAGGAAAUAUUGUUUCAAUCCAAAAGAAAAAGAGCAUUGGAGAGCCAUGGACAAGUGCGGCUUGGGAUGAUGCGGCAUCUUUAUGUUGUGAUCGACUCUUCGAGAACAAUGGAGGACAUGGACUUAAGGCCAAACCGCCUCAAAGCCACUCUGAAGCUGAUGGAAGCAUUCGUGGAGGAGUAUUUUGAUCAAAACCCCAUCAGCCAGGUGGGUCUGAUCACAACGAAGAACAAAAGAGCAGAGAAGCUGACGGAGCUUGCAGGGAAUCCAAAGAAGCACUUGGCUGCCCUUAAGAAGGCAAGGGACGCCGCUUGUGUUGGCGAACCAUCUCUAUACAACUCUCUCAACCUGGCCAUGCAGACACUCAAGCACAUGCCUGGACACACCAGCCGGGAGAUUGUGGUCAUCUUCAGCAGCCUCACCACGUGUGAUCCAGCCAACAUAUAUGAGCUGAUUAAGACCCUGAAAUCUCUGAAGAUCCGCGUGUCUGUGAUUGGCCUAUCGGCAGAGGUGCGCGUCUGCACGGUGCUGACCCGCGAGACGGGAGGAACGUACCACGUCUGCCUGGACGAGAGCCACUUCAAGGAGCUGCUCAUGUUCCAUGUCAAGCCUCCGCCGGCCAACGCCCAAUCAGAAUGCUCCUUGAUACGCAUGGGUUUUCCACAGCACACCAUCGCCUCCAUGUGUGACCAGGACUCCAAGCCGUCCUUCAGCAUGUCCCACCUGGACAGCACCAGUGAGGUGGGCCUGUCUCUGGGAGGAUACUUCUGCCCGCAGUGCCAUGCCAAGCACACAGAGCUGCCGGUGGAGUGCAAAAUAUGUGGUCUGACCCUGGUCUCGGCCCCCCACCUGGCCCGCUCCUUCCACCACCUUUUCCCCCUGGAGGCCUUCAGGGAGACGCCCCUGGAGGAGCUCCCAGCUGACAGGUUCUGCCACGCCUGUCAAGGAAAACUGAAGGACAAAAUAGUGUUCACGUGUCCUUUUUGCAGUGGUGUGUUCUGUACAGAGUGUGACCUCUUCAUCCACGACUCUCUGCACUGCUGCCCCUCCUGCAUUAACUCACAGCACUCCAAUUGAGCUCUGUGGAAAUAGCAGUACACACUUAGACAUUUUGAAGAUAAUGAGAAGAGCUGCCGUAAGAAUUUUCAUCUGAUCGGCAAGAGUUUGUUCUGCAGUCAAAAGUAUUACCAUAUGUAUGUUUCCUUUUUUGGGAUUAUUUGUCACAGCAGUAUACUAUAACAGUGGACACAAAUACAAGAUGGGUGAAUUCUGUUUCUGGAACCUCGAAACAUAAAGCAUCCAUUAGGCCUAUAGGUGGAGGUAAAAUAUGCCCGUCAGUGGUUUUUCUAGAAUAGUAUAGGGGAUGGCAAAAGGCUAGUGUACAGAAGCAUUAUUUUGUUGGAUAUGUGAUAUCUGUAUGGAACCUUUCAGAAUUAAAAUAAGAUGAUUUAUUUUUAAA